AUGAAGUACAUUAGAAUACCUUCAAUACGAUCCUAUAGAUUCCUUUUGAUUUUAUCCUUUUUUUUCUUGUGUUCUUUAUAUUUCAUAAUUUUUGAAAAAAGUAAGAUUAAAAGUGUGCCAAAAUUAGAACAAUUUAUUGAAGAAAGUAAAAAUAGUUUUAAUGAGAUAGCAAGAUACGAUCAAAAGUAUCCAGUGGUUACAGAUUAUGAAAGAAAAGAUUGGCAUGAUUGGGACUUUUUACAGAAAGAAAAUCUUCGAAACGGUCCCGGUGAACGUGGCAAACCAUACAAGCUGACUGAUCCAGAAGACAUCAAAUUAAAUGAAAAACUUUUUAAAAUUGAAGGCUUGUACGCACUUGUCAGUGAUAAAAUAUCAGUUAAUCGGAGUGUACCUGAUACACGUCUACCAAUAUGCAAAACAAUAAAAUAUCUGAAAAAACUGCCAACGACAUCAAUCAUCAUUAUUUUCCAUAACGAAUAUUUUUCCAUACUUUUGAGAACGAUUCAUUCGGUUUAUAAUCGAGCGCCUCGUGAAUUGCUUCAUGAAAUUAUUUUAGUGAAUGAUGCAAGCACAAAAAAGGAACUUUAUGAACCUCUACAAGAUUAUGUUAAUGAAAAUUUUGACGAAAGAGUUAAAAUUGUGAAUUUACCUGAAAGAAAAGGUUUGAUUGUUACACGCAUGGAAGGAGCACGAAGGGCAUCAGGAGAAGUUUUGUUAUUCCUAGAUUCUCAUAUGGAAGCAAACACAAAUUUUCUUCCACCUUUACUUGAACCAAUCGCUCUUGAGCCUAGAACUGCAACAGUUCCCAUUGUUGAUAACUUUUUUCACGACACUUUUGAGUACGGCAGUGGUGGCAAAGGCUCACGAGGUGUAUUCGAUUGGAAAUUUGAAUUUCAUUGGCUACCAAGAAGAAGGAAAGACAAAAUUCAUCCAGAAAAACCUGCCCCAACCCCCAUCAUGUUGGGAUGUGCAUUUGCAAUAAGACGAGAUUACUUUUUUGAUCUUGGUGCUUAUGACGAACAAUUAAUGAUUUGGAAUGGAGAAAACUAUGAAUUGAGUUUCAAACUUUGGCUCUGUGGAGGUCAAUUACUUGAAGUUCCAUGCUCAAGAAUCGCACACACAUUCAGAAAGCACAACGAAUGGCGAAAAAGAAAAGACGUCGAUUUUGUUGGACACAAUUUCAAACGGAUUGCUGAAGUAUGGCUAGACGAAUACAAAGAAUUUUUAUACAAAACGGAUCCAAAAAGAUUUCAAAAGAUUGAUGCUGGAGAUUUGACGAGAGAAAAACUUAUCAGGGAAAAGUUGCAUUGUAAACCAUUUAGUUAUAUGUUGGAACAUGUUAUGCCAGAUAUGCUUGACAAAUUUCCACUCAAAGAUCCUGGAGCUUUCGCACAUGGUGCAAUUAUAAGUGAUUUAAAUAAGAAAUUAUGUGUUGACACUUUAGGAAGAGAACACAAUGAAGCAAUUGGCCUUUAUCCAUGUCACAAGGAUAGAGAACAUCCAGAUGGGACUCAGAACUUUGUAUUAAAUUGGAAUAAACAGAUAAAGAUAAGAGAUUAUUAUGAUAAUUGCUUAGAUGUUUACAAUGUAUCAAUACGAGGAUGUCAUUUUACAUUUGGCAAUCAAUAUUGGAAAUAUGAUCUUGCAACUCAUCAUUUAUUCAGUCCACCUGAUAAUUGCCUAACAGGAAUUAUUGAAGCAAAAGAACUUAAAGUGAAGACAUGUGAACUUGGAGAACGAUCUCAAAUGUGGUCGUGGGGAUAUGUAAAUGUCACUGCACUUCUAAAUUGGAACAAUGAAGGAUCAAGAAUGUUGUAUCUCAGUGGAAGAAUAAAAAAGUUUGAUCUCCUUUCAUUCAUUCUUAUAUUUUGUAGUGUCAUUGUUAGUUUUAUAUUAAUUAGAAAUUAUUAUGAACAUCGAACUAAUCAAUAUCAAUCUGAAACUUCUACUUACAAAGAAUAUAUUAAUUAUUUAAAACGUAAAAUGUCAGCGCCACGUUAUCCAUUUGCCAACACAUACGAAAGAAAAGAUUAUCACGACUAUGAGUUUAUGAGAGCUGAAGAAAUGCGUGAAGGUCCAGGAGAACAUGGAGAGAAAUAUUUACUUAAGGAUCCAGACGACAUUGCUAGAAACAAACAAUUAUUUAAGCAGUUUGGGUUCUUCGCUGUUGGAAGUGACCACAUUUCAGUUAAUCGUUCAUUACCCGACGUUCGUAUGGAGAGCUGUAAAUCGAAAAGGCAACUCGUACAGCUUCCAAAGGUUUCCAUUAUUAUUGUAUUCUUCGAUGAAUAUUGGAGCAUUUUACUGCGAACAAUUCAUUCUAUUUACAACCGAACCCCACACGAAUUGUUGCACGAAAUCAUAUUAGUAAACGACAAUAGCACCGUUCCCGAGCUUUACGAGCCAUUACAAAACUAUGUGAAAGAAAAUUUCGGUGAUAUUGUAUGGAUUUACAAUUUAAAUGAACGUAAAGGGUUAGCAGUCGGUCGAAUGAAGGGAGCAAAACGAGCGAAAGCUGAAGUGUUGGUCUUUCUUGACUCUCAAGUGGAAGUGAAUGUGAAUUGGCUUCCCCCAUUGUUGGAACCUAUUGCUCUAGCACCUAAUUUAAUAACGACACCAAUAGUUGAUAGCUUCGCUUAUGACACUUUUGAAUAUCGGAAAAUUGAUGAUGGAGGUCGAGGGAUAUUUAAUUGGAAUUUAAAUUACCGGAGAGUUCCACGGCGACCUGAAGAUAGCGUCAAUUUAGAUGAGCCAAUUCCAAAUCCUAUUAUGCAUGGAGCUGCUUUCGCAAUAAAUCGAUUAAAUUUUUGGGAAAUCGGAGCUUAUGAUGAUGGAUUGAAAGUUUGGCAAGGCGAACAAUUGGAGCUCUCACUUAAAGCUCAUCUGUGUGGUGAAGGAAUUGUUGAAAUUCCAUGUUCACAUGUGGCACAUUCAUUUCGAAAUAAGAAUUAUUACCAAAGAUUUGAGGAAAACGGAGUCGAUUACAUGAUGAGAAAUUUCAAAAGAGUUGCAGAAGUUUGGUUGGAAGACUACAAACAUCUUGUGUAUGACAUGAAUAGAGAAAAAUACGAUCAAACUAAUGCCGGAAAUUUAGCUCAAGCGAAAUUAUUCAAACGUAAUGCACAUUGCAAGCCGUUUAAAUAUUUCCUUGAAUUUGUUGCACCAGAAAUCGUUGAACGUUAUCCGAUUUACGAUCCAGGUCAUUUUGCCCAAAGUACAAUUCAAUCGAAAGCGAAUUCAAAUUUGUGCAUUGAAGUUCCGAAAGCUGCUCAUAUGCAAAAGAUUUCUCUUGUUGAAUGUGAUGAAAACCGAUUAGAGCCUUCACCAAAGCAGUUCUUCAAACUCGCCUGGCACAGAAACAUUCAACAUUCAACAUUUGACUUUUGCUUACAAGAAUCGCUGACAAUGAGCGAAUGUCAUUAUUUAGGCGGCAAUCAACUAUGGAAAUACGACAUUGAAACUUAUCAAAUUAUAAAACUCAAACAAGACAAUCCCAAAUGCUUGACAGCUGAUGUUGAGAGCAGAAAAAUUUAUCUCGAUAAUUGUGAUUCGGAAGACAUUAAACAGAAGUGGAAUUGGGGUGAGAAAAACAUUUCAGCACUUCAAAAUUGGGAGACAUUUGGCAUGACGUUGAGCAAGCUUUCACUUGACUAAACAUUCACCAGACUUGAAAUUGUUCAGCUUUAAAUUGAAAUUGGUUGAUGUAUAAAAUAAGUAAAUAAUGAAAUAAAUAAAAUUUAUUGUGAUUG